AUGGCCAGCAACAUCCUGUUCCUCCCGUUCCGACGGUCACACUCGGUAAAUCUCACCGACGCGAUCAAGCAGUACAUAUCCUCCAAAUAUGACCAACAUCCAGACAUGUUCACCAAAGACCUGGAGACGAUCGAGAAGCUCCGUUCGGUCGCCACACACGCCCAAGAACCGCAUCCCAGCAACAUCCCGAAGCUUCAACAAUACGCGGCGCAGCUGAUAUGGCUGAGUGGGAAGUUUCCCAUUGACAUUGGCGUAGAGUUCCCAUGGUAUCCUGCGCUGGGAUACAAUACGAGCCGGCCGACAUCGCGCAACAACCUCCGCUUCGAACUCGCCAACAUCAUGUUCAACCUCGCGGCCAUGUACUCGCAGCUAGCCAUGUCGUCGAACCGAAGCACGCCCGACGGACUGAAGAUGGCAGCCAACAACUUCUGCCUCGCCGCUGGAGUCUUGUCGCAUUUGAGGAACACCAUCUUGCCAGAGAUACGGACAGAGCCGCCAGAGGAUAUGGAUUUGAUGACACUCGAGUGUUUGGAAAAGCUGAUGUUGGCACAAGGGCAAGAAUGUUUCUGGCAGAAGGCCGUCAAGGAUGGAAUGAAAGACGCGACUAUCGCCAAACUAGCCGCUCGUGUAUCUGAUCUUUACAACGAGGCGGGAGACGCUGGGAUACAAUCGGACGCUAUAAGCAGCGAGUGGAUACACCACAUGACGGCAAAGCACCACCACUUUGCUGCUGCUGCUCAAUACCGUGCAGCCUGCGAUUCCCUCGAAAAGCGCAAGUAUGGCGAGGAAGUGGCACGACUACGUGAUAGUCUGACUUGCGUGAACGAGGCCCUCAAGGAGCAGCGCUACAUUAACAAGGUCGUACUUGCAGACCUGAACGGCUUGAAGAACCGCAUCACAGAAGACCUGAAGCGGGCCGAGAAGGACAACGAUAUGAUCUACCUGCUACCCGUACCGCCAAAAGCAGAGCUCAAAAUCCUCGAUCGAGCCAACAUGGUUGUGUCAAGAGUUCCAAAGGAGAUAGCUGAGUCCAACUCCAUGUUAGGAGAGCGCGGUGAGCUUGGCCCAGCGCUUUUCUCCAAGUUGGUACCUUAUUCCGUGCACCUGGCAGCUAGCAUAUACGUGGACCGCCGUGAUCGUUUGGUCAAUGGUACCAUUGUUGAAGAGCUAGAGGCAUUGACCAACAAGAUCCAUGAGGUACUCCGCAGCCUGAAUCUACCGGGCUCCUUGCAGGCUCUUGAGAAGCCACUAGGACUACCGCCAGGUCUUGUAGCACACGCCGAAGAAAUUCGCCAGCAAGAUGGCAUCAAUCGUCUCUUACGCUCGAUGGAGGAUACGAAGAAGCUCAUGUACACGGAUCAGGCUAUCUAUCAAGAAGGCGUCGACAUACUCAGGUCGGAAGCCGCAGAGGACGAAGGCGCACGACGCAAGUUUGGCACAGAACGUUGGACCAGACCCCCCGCAGAACAAGCUGCACCUAAGCUCUAUGCCCAGAUCAACGAAAUUGAUGGCUACUUCAAGGCCGCCACUAACAGCGAUAAUAUUGUGAAGACAAAGUUGAAGGAGAAUGAGCACUUCAUACGCCUACUCAGCGGACCAGAUCACGAGCUUGAAAACUAUGUACCAAGUGGUAGGAGACCCGCAAUCACUGGAGAUGUCGAACGCGAAGCUGGCAAGCUUCGCGGUAGCUUCAACGAGGUCAGUAGGCUCGAAAGCAGGCGAAGACGAAAGAUCGAGGCAUUGCGAACAAAGGCAAAGCAGGAUGACAUAAAUCCGGAAUUACUGCGUGAAGCUGCUCGCUUAGAGCGGGAGUACCCUAUGCAGACAAUCGAGGCUGUGCAGUUCGAAGGGCUUUUCGACAAGCGUCUCCAGAUGUAUGAUGCCGACCAAGACAUGAUCAAAGACGAAGAGAAUGAGCAAACAGAGGCCAUCAAGCGACUACAAGAUGCAAACGCAGCAUUCUUAAUCGCUCGUCGCGGCGACCAAUCAACGAAGAAGCGUGAGCAAGCGUUGCAGAACCUGGAGAAUGCAUACUUCAAGUACAAGGAGAUCAUCUCCAACCUCGACGUCGGACGAAAGUUCUAUAAUGACCUCGCUAAGAUCGUGAACCGAUUUAGAGAUGAAGCGCGGACUUUUGCUUACAACCGCAAGUCAGAAGCGUCACACCUGGAGGGCGAUCUUACUACACGAAUGAGCUCCCUCGGCCUUCAGCAAGCGACGACGAAUUCGCUGCAUCAGCAGAAACAGGCAGACGCACAAAACCCAAAUUAUGGUGCCACUGCACAUGCAGAGGAGCCAUUAGCAGCUCCAACGCCGACCAGAGCAAACGUACCUCCGCCGUCCGGUAUGUGGACACCAGAGGUCGGAAUUCGAUUUGGUGGUGUGCCUACAUCGUCUGGCAAUGCUCGACCUUCGGCUGGUCCUCCGCAGGAUGGGCGAUGGGAUCCUGCGCAAGGGCUCACUCCUCCACAUCCCACCUAUUCUUGGGAACACGCGAAUACCUACAUCAUGGAUAUCCAACAGCGAGGACGCUCUCCCUCAGUAGGCCAGCGCAUUCAUAAGGCGCACUCUCCCUCGCCCAGCCCACAUGCGCCUUUCCAGCACCAGCAUAACGUCGGCUUGGGCUUCGAUUCUAUUCAAGACCCAUCCUCGUACGCAGUCACAAGCGCGGGGCUGAACAGCACCCAGUUCCUUACUACGACUCAAGGACAGCAGUUCCCUCAGCAGAACAGCUUUGCCGACCCAAGCUUCUUCCAGGCUACUCAGUCUAUCUCGCAGCAUAAUACGCCGCAAUUUGGCCCCCAAGGCAACAACAACAACAUUUCGCCCGACCCACUUGAUAUUGCGAACUCUAACAACCCCGACUUCAACAACUUCUUCCAGGGCAACGACCUUGGCCAGAACCAAUCGCUUCCGUCGUAUCUUGGGAAUACGCUUGACCCACACAUGCUCGACGCUCAGUCGCAACACAGCCAAUCCAUCAAUCCCUCAGAUCUUAUGCACCAAAUGGCAGCCACACAACACAACGCGCCUACGCCGCCGCACCUUCUGCCCAGCAUGAACAGCCACCAAACCCCAAGUCCACAUGCGUCGCCAAACAUCAACCAGGGUCCGCUCAGAUCACCAGGGCACUCGCGACACACGUCGUUGGAUCCCAGCGCAGCAUAUGGACAGAUUACAGAAUGGGGGCAGAUGGCAGGCGGAUUUGGCCAACACAGGUCUAGAUCUAGGGGCAAUAGCGAUGCUGCGUCCUCGGUACAUGCGUCCUCGGUACACAACUCCCCAUACCUGCACCACCAGGAUAGCCUGGAUAACGAUCAGCCGUCACCCCUCCUCCAUGCGCAGAACGAUCCUCAGCUGUUCCAGGACCCUGUCCCAGGAUUUGACCGAUUCAAUCUGAACGGCAGUAAUGCGCACAUCAGCGCGGGUAACAGCCCGCAUAUCUCGCCUCGUUUGCUCCCGCAGAACCAACAAGUCCUUCCGCCAUUCCAGCCUGACACUUUUGGCCUCAACCAGAACAUGAACCCAUACGCGCCUCCAGACAUGAAUGGCUACCCAGGUCAAGCCGAGCCGUUUCCCUCACUGAACCAGCCUGUGCCUGAGUUUGGUCAGGCCGACGCCAUGUCACCGCCAGAAAUCAACAUUGACUUUGCACCGCCGUCGCGACAAGCGAGCUUUGAGCCGCCGAAGCCAGAGCAUCAGGUAGACGCGUUGAGCCCACCAGACAGAUCACGCAGCCGGAACAGAACUCGCGCCAGAUCUGAUCCCUUCAGUAGUGCCAGCUCGCGCGCAUCCACGCCAGGCUCAGAAGUGCACCGUUCACUGUCUCCCAACGCAGCAAAGUCUCGUUCUCCUUCGCCCUCGAACAAAUCCUCGCGCCGUUCGUCUACAUCUAGCGUGCCGAACCGCGACUACAUACUGGAUCUUGCAGAUCCAUCGCGACCUGCGCCAGCCGAUGGGUCGAACCCAAAGCGCACACAGAAGCACCCUGCAACCUUCCAGUGUACACUGUGUCCAAAGCGCUUUACGCGGGCGUACAACCUCCGUUCGCAUCUGCGAACACAUACAGACGAACGUCCGUUUGUUUGCAGUGUCUGUGGCAAAGCCUUUGCCCGCCAACAUGACCGCAAGCGACACGAAGGCCUUCACUCGGGCGAGAAGAAGUUUGUAUGCCGUGGUAACCUCAAGAACGGCAACAACUGGGGCUGCGGCAGGCGCUUUGCUCGUGCGGAUGCCCUCGGACGCCACUUUCGAUCUGAGGCAGGUCGCGUGUGCAUCCGGCCCUUGCUCGAAGAGGAGGCGCGUGAAAAGGGCGAAUGGGAUGGCCAGAAUCAGCAGCUGAACAAUGGCAACGGCAUGUUCGCGCCCAUGCCAGCUCAAAACUUCAACGGCAUGAUGCCCGGUCAAUCUGGCUUCGAACCGUUCCCUCAGGCGGGUGGCAUGCAAGCUCCACAGCCCUUCCUGCCUGCCGCACUUCUAGCUCAGUACCCUGCACUUGCGGGCAUCCAGUGGGACCAGCUCCCGGCUGGGCCACCCGAUGAAGAUGGCGACGCUAGCGGUCGCAGCAGCUUUGAUGCGUCUAGCGGAGGCGAAUACUUUGAGGAAGAGAGCGAUUACCAGCAGGGGAGUCAGCAGCCCAUGUACGCUGGCGGCAACAACAGCGGCUGGGUAAGCGACUCCUACGACGGGCGGUGA